GUCGUCCUCGUCCAUCUUGAUUUCAACUUCGACUCACUCCGCAUACGCACUCGAAAGGGAUAUAUUAUAGGAGCAAAAGCGCUUGCAUCGAACGACACCAGCGAUGCCGCCCGUGUCCGACGAGGGACAGCAAAGCAACGGAGGCGCCGACAAGCCUUCGCUCUCACUCCUCAAGGAGCGCAGGUUCAAGCUGAGCAGAGCGUGCGAUAGGUGCCGCCGUCGACGGAUCAAGUGUGAUGAGGGCCACCCUUGUCAGGCCUGCCUCGGCGCCAAUUCCGCCUGUACGUUCGAAGAGCCUGGAAAGCGCAGCCAUCCGCACAAGUCAAAACGCACAGCGACCCUUGAAGACCGUAUGCACCACCUCGAAUCCCUCAUCCAAGCCAUCCCCCCUGCCGUCUUCGCCUCCGUCAAUCUUUCUAACCUUCACAAUAACAACAACGCAUCUCCCCUGCCAUACCCGCUCCAACCUGUUCCCCAACAACCACAGCAGCACUCUCUUAUGCCCGGUUCAGGCUUUGACGGCGGACUUGCACAGGCCUUCGAUCCGCAGAGUCAAGCCCAAAACCCAGGCCAAAAUCCCAUAUAUCCGUCUGCCGCACCGCCCCCCGCGCUCAACGUGUUUCCGCUUGUGGGGCCCUCGACGCAUUUUGCACCGACACCAACGCCGACGCCUAGUGCGCAUGGACGCGGGCAUGGACAUGGGCAUGGGCAGUCGCGGUCGCGGCAGGCGAGCCCGCACGAUGCCUAUGGGGGGAAUGCUUCUUACGGUAUGCCUGCCUACGGCGAUCCUGGCCUUAUUCCCGCCCUGGGUGGCAACGGCGGCGGUAGCGGCAGUGGCUUUGGAAACGGAUUUGUGGCCAACAAUAUGGGUACGGGCAUGGGGAUCGAGCGGCUCGUCGAGGACACAGCGCGGCUCUCGCUUUCUUCGUCAUAUUUAUACCUGGACGACGAGGGGUAUACGCGAUGGCAGGGAGAGAUGUCGGGCCUCCCGAUUCUAGACCUCUUGGUUGAGCGGCACGGGCCGCCGCACCAGCAGCACGGGCAGGAUCAGGAUGACAUGCAGCAGAUGCAGAUGAAGAUGGAGCGUGAGGGGAGCCCGGCAUCUCAUUCUCACUCGCAGUCACGCUCACGGGAACGAAGUCGUGAUUCGUGGGCUUCAUCGUCGACAUCGACAUCCUAUGCAUCGCCCACAUCGCCCACGUCCCCGACGUCCCCUUCUGCCUCUACAUCCGCUUCGGCUACCUCGCCCACGACAUUACCACAGACGUCGACCGCAUCAGCGUCUGCGGCCGCUGCUGCCGCUGCCGCAAGGGCAGCAGCCUCGGCGUCUGCGGCUGAGUGGUUCCCGGACCGGACGGCGAAACGAACGGAUAUCGACCCUGAGAAGAUAUGGAAGUUGAUCACAGCGUUUAUUGCGCCGGAUUUAAUGGACAGUCUUGUUCAGUGCUACCUUUCGACGUCCUACUACCUCAUGCCGUUCCUCCAUGUUCCGACCUUCUUGAACGAUUAUGGUAAUCCGCAAAAGUGGGGCGAGCCGGGCUUCGCAGCAUUCAUCGUUGCUGUAUGCUGCCUUGCAUCGCGGCACAUCGACGACCCGCGCGUCCGCGCGGACCCGAGCGACGGCAUCUCCUCUGGCACACAAUGGUUUGAGCUCUUCUCGCGCCUACGCACACUGCCCGCAGCAGACCGCCCGACAGUUUACACAGUGCAGGGCGUGCUCGUUGCUGGUGUGUACGCAGUCGGGUGGGGCAAGCUUUCAAGAGCGUUCGCUCUCCUCUCUGAGUCUAUCACACUUUCACUUGAUGCGGGCCUACACCGCUCAUCGGACGCGUACGACAUCUUCGAUCCGAUCGAGGACGAGAUCCGCCGGCGUACGUUCUGGUGUGUUUAUGUGUGGGAUAAGCAGGCGUCCGCGCAUUUUGGCCGGCCGCCAAUGAUCAGACUGCGAGACUGCGACGUUGGCGAGCCUGCUGCGGUCGACGAUGAGUUCAUCACGCACGAGGGCAUCGGGCCGCAGCCACAGGACACGCCGAGCCGAAUGGGCGCGUUCGUGUGCGUGCUGCGGCUCUUCGUUGUGCUUGAGUCCGUGCUCGACACGCCUCCACCCAAGUCGUUCGGCGCUGGCGAUGCGUUCCUUUCGCGUGCGACGUCUAUCCUCGUCGGGUUCCGGCGGCACAAGGGAUUACGGGAGGAAGAAGGGCUGCUCGAAGAGGCAUGCGCAUCAGUCCCGGUGCACUGGCGGCACACGCCUGAGACGGAGGCGAGCACGGAUGUGAUUCGCGUGACGCACGCGGAGCGGAUCGCGUGCUUGGCAGCAUUCGUGCGCAUGCUGAUUAUGCGCCAUCGGUUCUCGGAGAUGGUCGCGGAACGCGCAGAAGUGGGCGAGAUGGAACAGGGCGAGGGCGAGUGCCAGGCAAUGCGGGUCGCGCACGCGUGCGCUCUGCAAAUUGUCUCUGCGCAUCUGCAGAUCGCGACGAAGGGAUUAAUGACGUACUAUGGCGUGCAUGUCAUUCAUCAGCUUACGCAGGCUGGCCGCACGCUCGUCGCUUUCCUGCUCAACUGUCAGGCCGACGCGCUUCGCCCACUCAUCGCCCCCGCGCUCAACGCGCUGCGGUCCUGCGUUGGGCUGCUGCGCCGAUUCAGCAAUCGGUACGUGUGCGGGCUACGCUCGGGCGAUUUGAUGGAAGAAUUUUGCCGAAUCACUCAAAUACCUUUGGAUCCGCCUGCGGUUGCCGUUGACUUCCCACAAAACAACAAAACGCUCCCGCCGUGGAUUCGCCCGGUACGCAAAAAGACGCCGUCGGCACCGCGCUCGUCUGGCAGCCAAGAGUCCCCGCCGCAAGACUCAGAAGCGUUCUCUCCGACGAACAUGUUUGUCGACCUCCCCAUGCCGAAUCAAAAUACCGCCGGCAGCCCCGCUGUCCCACCGCUCUCCUUUGGGCCCACAAGCCCGUCGUCGUCGCACCAUCCUCACUCGCAUUCGCAAUCACAAGGGCAAGCACACUACGGCUCGGUCGAGAGUGCGCUGAGCAUGACGCCCGCGGAGAUCAUGGCGCUGUUCGGCGGCGCCGGCAUCAGUGGCGACGGUGGUGCUGCUGGAUUGGAUAUGGCGGCGCUCUUCCACUCGCAGGCCGACUUUCUCGGCGAGGGUGGCAUGGCAGACGCAGGGCUAUACGAGCACGCGUUCGGUGUCAGCGCCGGCGGGAGCGGCAAGCAGAGAGGUAGUGUGAACUUGUCAGGCCUCGUCGCGACACCAUAGCCGGGUCGAUGCCUAAGAUGUGAUCGUGGUUCAAUGGCGCGGUCGACUUGGUUGGGCUGACGCUGCGUGCAUAGCACAGUUUUUUCUGGAAAAAACUGAAGUGAAAUUGUAUCCUUCCAAAGAUUUGUGGCAGGAUAUUUCUGUUUUUCUCUGGGAUUUUCCGCAGUUUUUCUCAAGAAAGACUGUUCUUUGCACGCAGUGCGAGCAGAGUAGUGCGAAGCGCUGGCUAUACAAGUGUCUGUAUUUUUAUCUCCUCUAGGGUGCAUUCUUGUGGUCAUCUACUAUGUUCUUUUCCUGUUCC